AUGGCCACCAUGGACAUUGGUACACGGCCCAGGGAUACUUUGCCGUCAAUCAGUCAUCUUGAUCUGGACCACAUCAAGUCUGAUAAAAAUGACCAUUCAAGAUAUUACUUGAUGAACGGUCUCAGUAUCUCAACCGCUCCAUUAUCAAGUCCUACAACUGCUCAUUCUGGACCUCCGCCCCCGUAUUCGUGUGCCCCUUCGACCUCGGGCUCGGCCACUGGACUUUCUGGCUACAUCUCCCCUCCAGAAUCUACCACCCGAAGAUCUACUCGUGAUGAGAAAGACUCUCCUGGUCUCCGGAAAUCUCUACCUUCUAUCCAUGAGGCUCUGGGAGACAAAUCAAUCUCCUUUAAUCCGCCUCUUUCUGCUUCGUCUCAACCCCCUCAGUCAUCUUCAUCCACCACAGUUGGACAGCCUUUCCCAGACGGUCCGACGGGUCCAGUGAAUCCAUUCUCACAGCCGUCCGGGCCACCGCCUGUCUUGAAAGAUGUCUUCGCGCCAUCAUACAAACCUUCUUCGAGUCAACCUGAAAUGCAAGCAGCUCGACCCUCGUUUUCGCCAACAUCAAAUCCCGACCCACGACAACCAGUAUCACAACAUUUUGGUUAUCCUGGAUCUCCAAGAUCUCAUCCAUCCACCGCCUUCCGAUCCUCUUCCUUGGCAAACACAUCAUUCAACAGCAUCAAUGAGCCUCACCCCCCUCGAUCCCCUCCGACAUUUGAGCAGCCAAGGUCGGGUUAUUCCUUUCCGCAGUACAACAGUGGUCCACAACAAAGUUUUGCUGCUGCACCCGAGUCGUAUCAAUUCACGGCAGGUCCAAAACCUGAGGAACAUCGAGCACCGUACGCUAGACCCGGUCAUGAGGCGCCAUACGGCGACACUGUGAAACGCCACCUCGACGUUUUCGACACUGAGAUGGGCCUGAACGAGAUUAGCGAAGCCUCUGCUCGAACACUGGACUUUUCUCGCAUAUGGGGUCAGAGGUAUCAGCAAAGCAACCGUAAUGGAUAUUUCCAAGACUCGCUCCCUGGAUUGCACGAAAUUGAUGAUAUGCUACGCCAGUCGCAUCGAAUCUAUGAGAAUUUGACACAUCUGCGGGAGGUGGUAAUUGCACAACAGAACGCCCUCUCAGAACAACGUGCUCGUCUUGCGCGAGGGAAUCAUAUGGAUGAAGAUUAUCACAAUCUUUCCGAUGAGUACAAAGGUUCAGCCUUCGGUGGCAAUGAUGCCAAGAAACGACGUGGAAAGGCUGCCCCUCCAGGGAGAUGCCACAGUUGCAAUCGAGCAGAAACCCCCGAAUGGCGGAGAGGACCUGAUGGUGCCCGAACCUUGUGUAAUGCAUGUGGUUUACAUUACGCCAAAUUGACGCGAAAGAUGGGUGUCAAUAAAGCCGCGGCUCUGACUGGUUCCAAUCUUCGGCCCAAAAGUUUGGAUUCAACCCGACCUUAG